CUCACAACACCUGUGGUCACCGGGAGACACAAUUCUAAAUCUGAUUCUAUUUCAUUUCUUCCAGGUAUUUCUGGAGGCUAAGGUUUUACAAUGAGGGCUCCUCUGCUGCUGGUGCUGCUGUUCUGUGUGACUGGAGAGAGCGGAGGAGUGGACCCAGGUUUACAGGCGAGUGUGCCGGCUGGGAGCGAGAUCUGGAGUGAGCUGAGAGCUCUGAAGAACAUGGUGGUGCAGCAAGAGGAGGAGCUGAGCAACACCAAGGCUGAGCUGCAAACCCAGAGAGACACAGUUUCUAGUCUGGAGAACGAGAACCGAGCCCUGGUUUCCAGAGUCACAGCCAGCGAGGUGGAGGUGAGCGCUCUCAGGGAGGAGCUGGAUGUUUCUAAGACUGAACUGCAGCUGACCAGGAACACACUGGAUGAGACUGGAAUGAGACUGUCAGGCACUAAGGUGGCUUUCUCUGCUGGUUUGAGCAACUAUGGAAAGUUUGGACCUUACAAUACUGAAACUAACCUCGUCUACAAAAGAGUCAUCACGAAUAUUGGCGGGGAUUACAACUCAAAUACAGGUGUCUUCACGGCCCCCGUCAGAGGAGUCUACUAUUUCAGUUUCACUGCUUUGAACAACAGGAACGGAGAGUGGAUGGCAGUUAACAUGUACCGUGACAGUCGGAGAAUUCUGCACAACUCCAAACAGUCCGAUGGUCAUACUUUCAUUUCUAAUGCUUUGGUUCUCCAGCUGGAUCGGGGUGGGGUGGUCUAUAUGCGUCUCCAUGAAAACUCUGGUCUUUAUGAUGAUAGUGACAACUGGAACACCUUCAGUGGCUUCCUGCUGUAUGAGCUGUGAUUCUCAAAUACGAUCUAAACAACAUUAACGGAUGAUUUCUAAACUUUGAAUUUGUCCAUUUCAUUCUUUGUCAAUAUUGUCCUGAUUGGCUCAGUCUAAUCCAGCCAUUUAGAGGCAAGAAGUGGACUGUGUUCUGCAAUCAAUGAAUAAAUAAAGUAAUGUGUGAACAUCCCCA